UUCCACAUGCAGUCGGAGUCUCUGAUCGGUCCCCUGAUGCAGACCAUCUCCCACCAGCACUGGAAGGUACGCGUGGCUGCCAUUGAAGCCACAGGCGAGGUGAUCCAGUUUGGCAACGGGAAGUCCGUGGACGAUGUGCUUUCUCAUUUCGCACAGCGGCUCUUUGAUGAUGUCCCACAGGUCCGGCAGGCAGUGACUGCUGUGGUGGGGGGCUGGCUGCUACACCUGCGGGACCGCUACUCCUUCUUCCACAAGCUCAUGCCCCUGCUGCUGAGUGGCCUCAGCGACGAGAUGCCCCAGGUCAGGCAGAUGGCCGCCAGCCUCUGGGAGGAUGCUGGCCUUCAGUGGCAGAAGGAGAACGAGGAGGACCUGAAGGACAAGCUGGACUUCGCCUGUCCCCCGCCGCCCCAUUACCCCGCCCAGGAAAGUCGCCCGGUGCUGGGCUGUCGGGAGCUGGUCUUCAGAAACCUCUCCAAGAUGCUCCCCGGCCUGUGUCAUGACAUCACUGACUGGGUGGUAGGGACCAGGGUGAAGGCGGCGCAGCUGCUGCCGGUGCUGCUGCUCCAUGCCGAGGACCACACCACGCAACACCUGGAGGUCGUGCUCAGGACACUGCUCCGGGCGGGUGCCGACGAGGAGGCAGCCGUGGUGCAAAGU